GGUGUGGAAUAUCAACAAUAAAUUGCUAUAAAAGAAACGAAAACGCAAUUGGCUUAAUUGAAUGGACUAAAAAGGAGGAUAAGUCAGUUAUAUGAACUUUGAACCAGUCGGUAUCUACUACGAUGAUACAUGUUGCGUAUGCUAUGAAUCGGCCUAACCUUAAAGUGCCAUGUUUUAACAAAGCAAUAGUUUAGUAAGAAAAUGUAUCAGACUCCUACAAAUAAUGAACAGUAAAUAAAUAAUUACUAAAGUUCCUCCUAACUAAUGGAUCGAAAAGCAUAGGACCAUAAGACUUGAUGACUGAGAUUCAAGAGAUUCCAGAAACUUGUGUCUGAUGAUCACAAUUAACAUUUAUGAAUUCAAUGUCAUGAAUGAAUGGAUUCGAUGUUUUGUUCCAAGAUUAGUAUAAUUGUUCUAAUUAUAUUCUUCUACUCUUUCGAAUAGCUACACAUACAUGUACCGUGCUAAAUAAUGUAUGAUACUUUUUAUUUUUGAAAGAACCAGGUCGUUAUAAAAAUAUUAAAAUUCAGGACAUAUAAAAAGAUAAAGAAUGGAUAUUACUGUAUCAGUGUGAUGAACGUAUGAACUUAAAUUAUGGAGUCUGUAUUUCUUCCAAGGCGCAAUUCAACAGUCAAUGAAUUCAACGAUUGGCCUGUCACAACCAGAAAUUCAUUUUAAGGGUGAAUCAUAUAAAACACAUCAUAACUACAUCAAUUGACGAACAUUCAGUCCCAUUAACCAACUGAUAUGACAUGAUUGUUGUGCUAAACCAAUGACAUGUUGCCGUGUUUGAAGAGAUUACGAGUUCACUUAAUCUGACAACGGAACGAAGACUCUGUGACCCGAUCACAGAUAAGCUAGCUAUUCCGACGCGUCUCAGCCCUGCUAACUAAAAAGAUAAGUCCAAGUUCAGAAGAGGGAAAUAUAUUCCACAAGCAGUCAGAAACACGAACAACCACGACGAGUCUGGUCGGAAGUACACUCAUUCAUAUAUUGAUUCAUACACACAUUUUUGAUUAAUAAUUAGGAUGAAAUCACAUAUAUGAUAAAUACUUAGUUAUAACAAAUCAUAGGCUGAGUAUAGUUCAUGUUAACUUAAUACAAGAAUAUCGUAUCUUAUAGAGAAAAACAAAACAAAUACUACAUUGAGUUAAAAAAAGACGGAAUUAAUGUUGAAUAAAAAUCAUAAUGAAUAAAUCAAUCUAAUUUCGACUUUUCAACUCCGCCUGGAGUCCCUUUCCGGGGGCUACUGACGGUCCCAAGCCCGGAUAAAGGAGGAGGGUUGGGCAUGGGGUUAGCGACCCCAUCCCGUAGAAAACUAACUCGCUAAAAAAACGCUAACCAGAAAAAAAUUAUUCAAACCAUUUAAACUCUGCCCUGGGAGUCAGGAGGUCUUCGUUUAGAAGAAUUAUGACGCCUCAUGAUGAAAGCCGAGUUUCUUCGGAAGUCACGAGGCCGAUGCCCCUUCUGACAACCAGAGCAACCAUUUAUUUAGGUACAUGGAAUGCUCGCAAAAUGUGGGAGACUGGGAGAGUUUUCCAAAUUGCUGCAGAAAUGAGGAGAUACAAUUUAGAGGUGCUUGGGAUCAGUGAAACACAUUGGACGCAAGUUGGACAACAACGACUAGCUUCAGGGGAGCUGCUGUUAUACUCCGGACAUGAACAAGAAAAUGCCCCACAUACACAAGGAGUUGCAUUGAUGCUGUCCAAACAAGCACAAAAUGCACUUAUAGGAUGGGAAUCUCAUGGACCAAGGAUCAUCAAAGCCUUCUUCAAAACAAAGAAAACGGGGAUUACAAUGAACGUCAUCCAAUGCUACGCGCCUACCAAUGACUACAAUGAAGACGUUAAAGAUCAAUUCUACGAUAGGCUGCAGUCAAUCGUCGAGAAGUGCCCAACAAAAGACCUGACUAUUCUGAUGGGAGACCUUAAUGCCAAGGUUGGAAUUGACAACACCGGAUAUGAAGAGAUCAUGGGACGACACGGACUGGGAGAAAGGAACGAAAAUGGUGAGAGAUUUGCAAAUCUAUGUGCCUUCAAUAAACUGGUCAUAGGCGGGACUAUAUUCCCACAUAAACGCAUACACAAAACCACAUGGACUUCACCGGAUCACAGCACACAGAACCAAAUCGACCAUAUCUGCAUCAACAAAAAGUUCAGGAGGACGAUGGAGGACGUGAGAACAAAGAGAGGAGCUGAUAUAGCUAUCAGAUCAUCACUUGCUGGUCGCCAAGAUGAAAUUGAAACUCAAGAGGCACUGGACAACGGGGAGGACAAUAUCACAAAAAUUUAAUACGGCUCUUCUUCGGGAUAAUGACAAACUCAAUAAAUUCAAGAUAACCCUCAGCAAUAAGUUCCAGGCCUUUCAUGAUCUACUCAAUGGAGAAGGAACUACUAUGGAGAGCAACUGGAAAGAGAUAAAAGAGGCAAUCACUUCAACAUGUCAUGAGGUUCUGGGCCAAAAGAAGCACCAUCACAAGGAUUGGAUCACGGUCGAUACACUGGAUAAGAUUCAAGAAAGGAGGAACAAGAAAGUAGCAAUCAAUACCAGUCGAACAAGAGCAGAAAAAGUCAAGGCACAAGCUGAAUACACAGAAGUAAACAAGCAAGUGAAAAGGAGCAUCAGAACUGACAAACGUAAAUAUGUGGAAGAUUUGGCAAUGACGGCGGAAAAGGGUGCCAGAGAAGGAAACAUGAGACAACUGUAUGAAACAACAAAGAAACUCUCCGGAAAUCACCGUAAACCAGAACGACCAGUGAAAAGCAAGGAAGGCAAGGUAAUCACCAACAUUAAAGAACAACGAAACAGGUGGGUAGAACACUUCAAAGAACUCUUGAAUCGACCAGCCCCACUGAACCCACCCAACAUCGAAGCAGCACUCACGGACCUCCCAAUUGAUGUUGGCGCACCGACAAUUGAAGAAAUCAGCAUGGCUAUCAGACAAAUCAAGAGUGGCAAAGCAGCAGGACUAGACAGCAUUCCAGCAGAGGCACUGAAAGCAGACGUAGCGGCAACUGCAAGGAUACUCCAAACUCUCUUCAGAAAGAUCUGGGAUGAGGAACAGGUACCAAAACACUGGAAAGAAGGACUUCUAGUCAAAAUACCAAAGAAAGGCGAUCUCAGCAACUGUGACAACUACAGGGGAAUCACUCUUCUUUCAAUACCGGGAAAAGUCUUCAACAGGGUAUUGUUAAACAGGAUGAAGGACUCCGUAGACGCCCAACUUCGAGACCAACAGGCAGGAUUCCGUAAGGAUAGAUCGUGCACAGACCAAAUCGCAACUCUACGGAUCAUUGUGGAACAAUCAAUUGAAUGGAAUUCAUCACUCUAUAUCAACUUCAUCGACUACGAAAAAGCAUUUGAUAGCGUGGACAGAACAACACUAUGGAAGCUUCUUCGACACUACGGUGUGCCUCAGAAGAUAGUCAAUAUCAUACAGAAUUCCUAUGAUGGAUUAAACUGCAAGAUCGUUCAUGGAGGACAGUUGACAAAGUCGUUCGAAGUAAAGACCGGUGUCAGGCAAGGUUGCUUACUCUCACCCUUUCUCUUUCUCCUGGUGAUCGACUGGAUCAUGAAGACAUCAACAUCUGAAGGGAAGCACGGGAUACAGUGGAUAGCUAGAAUGCAGUUGGAUGAUCUAGACUUCGCAGAUGAUCUGGCUCUUCUAUCGCACACACAACAACAAAUGCAGGAGAAGACAACCAGUGUAGCUGCAGCCUCAGCAGCAAUAGGUCUCAAUAUACACAAAGGGAAAAGCAAGAUUCUUCGAUACAACACAACAUGUACCAAUCCAAUCACAAUUGACGGAGAAGCUUUGGAAGAUGUAAAAACCUUUACAUAUUUGGGCAGUAUCAUCGAUGAACACGGUGGAUCUGAUGCAGAUGUGAAGGCACGGAUUGGCAAAGCAAGAGCAGCAUAUUUACAACUGAAGAAUAUCUGGGACUCAAAACAAUUAGCAACCAACACCAAAGUCAGAAUUUUCAAUACAAAUGUCAAGACAGUUCUACUGUAUGGCGCGGAAACCUGGAGAACUACGAAAUCCAUCGUCCAAAAGAUACAGGUGUUUAUUAACAGUUGUCUACGCAAAAUACUUCGGAUCCGUUGGCCGGACACUAUUAGCAACAACCUACUGUGGGAGAGAACAAAUCAGAUCCCAGUGGAGGAAGAAAUCAGGAAGAAGCGCUGGAAGUGGAUAGGACACACAUUGAGGAAAGCACCGAACUGCGUCACAAGACAAGCCCUCAUAUGGAACCCUCAAGGUCGAAGGAAGAGAGGAAGACCAAAGAAUACAUUACGCCGAGAAAUGGAGAUAGAUAUGAGAAAAAUGAACAAGAAUUGGAUGGAACUUGAAAAGAAGGCCCAGGACAGAGUGGGUUGGAGAAUGCUGGUCGGCGGCCUAUGCUCCAUUGGGAGUAACAGGCGUAAGUAAGUAAGUAAGUAAUUUCGACUUUUCAUCCCAUCAUAUCACACGUCAACCAUCACUAGCAGCCUUUGGUCGAUUCGAAAUCCUCAUUGAUCCUUCUCGCCUAUUCUUAACCGUUUGUUCACAAUGAAAUCUCAACUUCCAC